CAGUAGCGGGGAAAGUCUUCACGAACUGCACGAGAUCGGGUCGUGCGUUUCACGGUUGCGAACCCAACUGCGCCGGACACGACGGUUAGUGCAAAAACAUCACUGGUGCCGGCAAGCCCGCGGGAGCACACACCUUCGCCGAUCCGGGGAAUAUUCCACCUCGAUGUUACUCAACAUUUGGUGCCGGCUGCCAGCACUACGGUCCUGCGUGAACGCGAAUCUCAUCUGCCAAAUCAGUUUAACGGUACCUCCUAAGCAACCACACUUCCGACACUUUUUAGCAGCCAAAGCAUUUUCGCAUCUCACCAAGAUGGUUAAGCAAGGACCACGGCCGCUUGUGAUCUGCGGCCCAUCGGGUUCCGGCAAGAGCACCCUGCUGAAGAAGCUGUUCAAGGAGUUUCCCGAUACGUUCGGGUUUAGUGUCUCACACACCACACGCAAACCGCGGCCCGGAGAGGAAAAUGGCAUCCACUACCACUUUGUGUCGGUCGAAGAAAUGCAGGGCGCGAUCGAAAAUGGUGAAUUCAUCGAGACGGCCGUUUUCAGUGGCAACAUGUACGGCACCAGCAAAAAGGCAGUUGAAAAUGUGCAACAUCAGGGGAAGGUAUGCGUUCUGGACAUUGAGAUCGAAGGGGUGAAACAGAUUCGCAACUCGGAUCGGUUAAAUCCACUGCUAGUGUUUGUUAAUCCGCCAUCGGUCGAUGAACUGGAACGUCGACUCCGCGGACGCAAGACGGAGACGGAGGAAAGCCUUCAGAAGCGCCUCAACACGGCUCGCAUUGAGAUUGAAUAUGGAACUACAGCCGGAAACUUUCAUGUGGUCAUCCAGAAUAACAAUUUGAAACAGGCGUAUGAUGAUUUGCGCGGUUUUAUCGUCCGCGAGCUUGAAACCCAACAGAACCAAGGUAUCAAUGUUAGUUUGAAGCGUGUGUAUGAUGAGUGAACAGAUUUUAUGCGUCCCGCUGACCCAACUCUACUUAUGCUGACGAAUCCCAUUCCCAUCCUUCGUAACCGACGAAACGAUGCCUGUAUUGUUUGUGUGUAAUCUGCCAUUCCCCGACACAGUUCUACCGAAUGCAGUAGGACGAAUCGUAGAAACAACAUAAAAUCACUAAUAGUAUCGUAGCGGCCAAACACGAGAGGGGGCGACCAUAGGGUGAAACAGCCAUUUACUGGUACCCGCAUCUUUAGGGCCGAUUGUAACACACGUUUUCUCUUCGACUCUUAUUCUUUAACGAUGAAUCUAUCCACUGCGCCUUUGCAAUCAAGAACAAACUGCAAACACUGCAUUUUGAAGAUGGUACUCAUUUCGAGAAUGGUGCAAAUCAAAACCCACCUGAAAAUGGGAGUACAAUGUUUUCACAUCGGAUCGGAAUCAUCGGAUACAGCUUGUAAAGGAGCCGGUUAAGGUUUUUUCGAUAAGUGUUUACCAUUUACGUUCCAUACUCGAUGCAUUCUAUCUUACUCCGCGUAAGUUUUGGUAAACUUUUUUACAAUCGGAGCAAAGGAUCGUUAUUUUUAUACCUCAAUCUAUAAUUAAGAUUAAGAUUGAUUAAUUAAGAACAAAAUUGCGUACAAUAAUGCUGCGCUUCAAGUGUUACCGACCUGCCAGGGAGCGGAUGGAGCGUUUUGUAUUGUGGAAAAGAAACCCGUAUGCCAACGAUAGAGAGUAUGGAGCUAUGUGUUUAAGAAACAAUGAGGACAAUAUUCGAUACAUUCCAGUGUUACGGGCCGGUACAUUUGUGAAACAAAUAUUUUUUCCAAACAUCUGAUUACAUUAAUUAAACGUACGGAACAACGGUGAGCGCAGCAAACGUUCAACAAUAUUAAUUGAAUCAUAUCUAAGAACUUCAUAAAAUUCUCGUCAAAUUAAAAGCUAUUGGAGCUAGAUUCUAACAAGAUCGACGAUAAAACCGAACCCAUUAACCCACUUCGUUCGUUGACGGUUUGACGGUUCAAUGCCAAGCGAACACGCGAAUGAUAAUCGAAAUGCUAACGUGCGAUUGAGUGUUUAGUUUGUCUUUUAACUAAAUGAUCCCUUCCCGUGUGUUUGCAUGAUUUAACCGAAGGAUUGAUUGCUUGCUUGUUGGCCUGUUGUCGAAGAAAGUGAAUUGUACUAAUCAUGCAUUUGCAUAAACGGUUCAUUUGUGGAAUUGGCUAAUGGCGUGCUGCUAAUUGUUGUUUGUUUUGGCUUCGAACGUGUCCCUCUACUUAGCCCCCGGGGAGAGAUGAUAUUAAUUAGACCGUUAUUCUAAUUUGCUCCAUUUAGAUGUCUUUUUUGUAACCUCUUUGGUGAGCAGUUACAAAACGUUCGAAGUUUAGAUUCGAAGCAUCAGGCGGACGGGCCAACAAAGGGUUGGCUUCCGGGCGUGUUUCGCCUGCAAUUGACAUUUCCUGUGGCGGGGUUUUUCCCGUCAGCAUCACACCGUCAUCAGCCCCCAUUUCGGGAGCGGAAGAGUGCGUUUCGAUCGCGACAAUGUUCAGGGGUCGUUUAGAGCCUCUAACUGUUGCUUUCGGAACUGGCAUCCGUUAGUUCACCAGCAAGGUGCAAGGAGCAUGAAUGAAUUCCAGAACCCAAAAGUCGCUGACACCUCACAUCCGCCUUCUGCCUUGCCUGGCGCGCUCCCAACAAGUCUGCCAAUCCCCACAGCCUCUUGUAAAGGAUAGAUGAUGAUCUAUCCUUGAUCUCUUAUCCUUCAUCAACGCUGUGCAAUGCUUUUUAAUUCGUUUUCGUUACUGUAUUUUGUGUAAUUUUGCAACUUCCACCUUCUUUCCUAGUAAGCAAAAGCAAUUUAUUUAAGGCAAUAAAGUCUUUGUUAGGUUUAGAGUAGAAUUGCUACUGAACGACAGCUCUGCACGGCCAAAACAAUGGAUGCGAAUAUUAAAAGAAUGGAAAACAAGCGAGGAUUUACACUGUUAGGACCUGAAAAGAUCGCCCACACAUACACCAGAUUUGAACAGAUUUAUGAAGGAGAGCAAGGAAAAAGAUAAGGUUAUUAAUGUUCGCAGAUUUUUGGUGUUUAUGCUAGUUGUUAGUUGAGAAAAACAAACUCUAUUAACUAUUAACACUAAAUAAAAUCACCAUGAAAUUAUAGUAGUAUACCGCAAAUAAGAG